AUGCCCAAAUAUGCAAAGAUUUUGAAGAACAUUCUUAAACGCAAAGAUAAGCUGGGGGAGCUCUCGAAUAUUGUUCUUAAUGGCAAGUGCUCCGCGGUGGUGAUUAAUAAGCUCCCGGAGAAACUGUCAGAUCCGGGAGUCUUUAUGAUCACGUGUCUGUUUGGAAGUGAUGUUCGUAGCCACGCGUUGGAGGAUCGAGGUGCUAGCAUCAAUUUGAUGUCGUAUUCUAUCUAUGAGAAGCUGGUCCUAGGAGAAUUGUCCCCAACGCGCAUGACGCUAUUUCUAGCUGACCGUUCUGUAAAGUACCCACAGGGAAUAGUAGAAAACAUGUUAGUGAAAGUUGAUAAAUUCGUUUUUGCCGUGGACUUCCUGAUUCUAGAUAUGGAGGCGUACGACAAUGUACCUAUCAUUCUAGGACAUUCAUUCUUGCGUACCGCGAAGACGAUCAUUUGGGAAAAUCACACUUCAUGUAGGAGACGAGAGUGUUACCUUUCCAAUGUCAUAUUCAGAUUUUAUGCCAACGCAUAA